CGCACAAUUGCUACGUCUCUCUCGCUCAACACCCCCAACAAACAAACUCUCUCUCUCUCUCACUCUCACUCUCACUCUCUCAUCUUAUAUCAUUAGUGUUGUUCAACCUAAAUCGAAGACGAAUCUCGGAAUCUCCGGUGACGGAUUUGAGGAAGAGAUGUGUUGUGGACGGAUUUGCAUUCUGUGCACGUGUUUGGUUCUGGUGGUGAUCGCGAUUGGGUUUCUAUUCGGGUUCGGAGUUUUCAAGGACGGUUUCCACAAGAUCCACGAUUCCGGUAAACUCGAAUGCGAUCCCAGAUUCGGCUGCGGCGGAGGCGUUGGCCGUCGCGGUUGCGGUUUCCCCGGUAAAAACUAGCUAUAAGUAAGCUUGUGUGAUCUGAUCAAAUCUUUCGAAUCGACGGCGUUGUGUGUUGGAUUCGGAUUUGGAUACAUCGAAUUUUAGGUUUUGUUUUUUUUUCGUUUAUCUCCAUAAUAUUGAUUCCUUGUGCAUUAUAGUGUUUCGUUAAUCAGAUUUUAUUUUAUUUUACCUAUAAUUCGAUCAAAAUCCGUAACGUCUCUAAUUUUCGCAGCUUUUGAGCAUAAAGUUAAAAGGGUUAAAACCUAUAAGCUUUAGGCUAUUAAAUAAUAAAAAAAAAACAAUAAACAUAUAAAGUUAUAAAUAUUCUUAUUCUUAUCUCCACUAAAGUAAAGAUUCUCGAUGACUACAAAAAGUAAAAUUCUCGCAACAGGUAAACCACUUCAAGUCUUCUUCACAAGUGACAGAUUAUAUUUUUAUUUUAGGUGUGUCUGCGGAGUGGUAAAGGGAUCCUAGUGGUUAAUUACUUUUAAAGAGUUUGUUAAAUUUUUUUGUUGGUAAUAAAUUGAUCGUUGAAAUGAAUUGCCAAACCAAAAAAAGUUAUAAACGGUCGGGCGGGUAAAUCUAAAGUCCAACUAACAAAUUAAAACGACUCAGGGGUACUUUCGGGAUUCUCUCAACUUCUGUAGAGCCUCUUGCUUAAAAAGCGGGUUUUCGGGUCAGUGAGUGUUUUGACUUCCUUCAUAAGAAAAGAGUUAAUAUAACAACAAAGGAAAGGAAGAAAACCAACAAAGAAGAGAAGGAGAAGCCAAACAGACGAACGAUUAACAAGAUGAGGAUCACCGUGAUGACCGCCGGCGAACAAAUCAUCACCCUUGACGUCGAUUCACACGAAACCGUUGAGAAUGUUAAAGCCUUGCUGGAGGUUGAGGCGAAUGUUCCGAUUCAGCAGCAGCAGCUCUUGUACAAUGGCAACGAGAUGAGCAACUCUGAUAAAUUGAGUGCAUUGGGUGUAAAGGACGAUGAUUUGUUGAUGAUGAUGGUGUCCAACGCCUCAUCUGGUAGUGCGGCAGGGAGUGAUUUGGGUAUGAAUCCUGAUGGGUCAGCUUCGAACCCUGCAGCUUUUCAACAACACAUUCGGGGUGAUUCUAAUAUUAUGGGACAGUUAUUCCAGACGGAUCCUGAGCUUGCACAAGUGAUUUCUGGAAGCGAUUUAAACAAGUUACAGGAUGUUUUGCGUUCACGGCAUCAACAGCGAUCUGUAGCGCAGCGUCAAAAGGAGGAGGAACUCGCCCUUCUGUAUGCAGAUCCGUUUGAUGUUGAAGCACAGAAGAAAAUCGAAGCUGCAAUUCGUCAGAAAGGAAUUGAUGAGAACUGGGAAGCUGCCCUUGAACAUAACCCUGAAGGUUUUGCUCGGGUGAUAAUGCUGUAUGUGGAUAUGGAGGUCAAUGGUAUACCUCUAAAGGCUUUUGUUGAUAGUGGUGCUCAAUCUACAAUCAUAUCCAAGAGUUGUGCUGAGAGAUGCGGAUUGCUGAGACUCAUGGAUCAACGGUAUAAAGGUAUUGCUCAGGGUGUUGGCCAAACAGAGAUAUUAGGCCGCAUUCAUGUCGCUCCAAUCAAGAUUGGAAAAAACUUUUACCCGUGUUCAUUCAUAGUACUGGAUUCGCCUAACAUGGAGUUCCUUUUUGGCCUUGAUAUGCUGCGUAAGCAUCAGUGCACUAUUGAUUUGAAGGAUAACGUCCUGACUGUUGGAGGAGGAGAGGUCUCGGUUCCCUUUUUGCAAGAGAAAGACCUCCCUUCUCGAUUCCUGGAUGAAGGUGGUGUUCCGAAUCAAGCAUCUAGCUCUGGAGCAGCGGUUCCUUCUGGGUUUACAGAGAAGAAGAGUAACACAGUUGCAAGCCCAGCGAGUCAACCUUCAAGAGCAGAGGGACCUGAAUUUGAAGCCAAGAUUGCAAAGCUUGUUGAGUUGGGAUUCUCCAGGGAAGCAGUGGUGCAAGCUCUGAGAUUGUUUGAAGGAAACGAAGAACAAGCUGCUGGGUUUCUCUUUGGUGGAUGAAGAUUCAAAAACAAAAUUGUCGCAUUUACCAAAAAGGCCAACAAACAAACUGUGAUUUAAAGAGACUUUUUAAAUCUCCCUUUAUUAUUUGUAUUUUAUUAGCUCUUCUUUACACAACACUAGGAUAAGAUCCGCGCCUUGCGCGGAAUUAAGUUAUUAUUUUUAUUAUAUUUUGGAGAAUGAAACAAUAGUUUGGCUUCAUUUA